AUGCCAUUAACAUGCGUGCGUGUUUCGGUUUUAAUUCCACGAAGUUUGUCAGUUGCAAGACGGUUCGUGGAGCCGGUAAACAGGACUAUUUAUUUGAAAAGUCCGCAAAAAUUUUUUACGACAGCAGCAACAGCUCGACAUAUCAACCCCAAAAUGUUCAUUGCCGAGGAAAGAGGAUCCGCAUACUCGCCUGACUACAGGGUUUACUUUAAGGAUGAGAACGGGCCGAUUUCACCCCUGCACGACAUUCCCCUGUGGGCCGAUGCCGAAAAGGGGCUAGCCAACAUGGUGGUGGAGGUGCCCCGCUGGAGCAACGCCAAGAUGGAGAUCAGCCUCGGCGAGCCCCUCAACCCUAUCAAGCAGGACGUGAAGAAAGGCGCUUUGCGGUUCGUCGGCAACGUGUUCCCGCACCACGGCUACAUCUGGAACUACGGCGCGCUGCCGCAGACGUGGGAGAACCCGCAGCACGUGGACCCGGGCACGCAGGCGCGGGGCGACAACGACCCCAUCGACGUCAUCGAGAUCGGCGAGCGGGUCGCGGCCCGGGGCGAUGUGGUGCCGGUCAAGAUCCUCGGCACGCUCGCGCUCAUCGACGAGGGCGAGACGGACUGGAAGCUCAUCGCGGUGGACGCGCGGGACCCGAACGCCGACCGCCUCGAGGACGUCGCCGACGUCGAGCGCGUGUUCCCGGGACUGCUGCGCGCGACCGUCGAGUGGUUCCGCUCGUACAAGGUGCCCGACGGAAAGCCCCCGAAUCGGUUCGCGUUCGACGCGGAGCCGAAGGACGCGGCUUUCGCGCGGCGCGUGGUCGAGGAGACGCACGAGUUCUGGCGCGGGCUCGUGUCGGGCUCCGCCGCGGCGGACGACAUCAGCAAGAUGAACGUGUCGGCGCCGGACAGCCCGCACCGCGUGGAGCGCUCGGCCGCCGCCGCCGCCCUGGCCGCCGCGCCGCCCGCCGCGCUGCCGCAGCCGCUGCCUCCGCACGUCGACAAGUGGCACUUCGUCUCCAGCCUCUAG